AUGUUCUCCUCGUCUUCUGUUGUUUAUUGCAUUUGUAUUCAACUGAGAAUAUCCACGUGUGUGUUCAGUGUUGCAAGUGCGCACCAUUGACAAUUCUUCUGCGCAUAACAUUAAUUAAUUAUUAAUUAAUAACUAAUUAAUUAAUUAACAUUAAUUAAUCAUGCUCACUCGUUUGCUGGCCUUAAUUUUUAGCUGAUGAAGAAGAUGAAGAAAUUAUCGAAAAGCAAGGAGAUGAUGAACUGAUCAUUGACCCAAGUGGAGGCUACAACGUAUUCAACGAGUUGGACGGUGGCACAUCGGAAGCGGGCAACAAAUCGGCAAGAAAAACUGGAACGGACGGCAUCUGUCCGUUCGUCAUCGGUGAGAAGUUGAUCUCUACCUCGAUAGAACAAAUGGGAUUGCUGAAUGUGAGUCUGCAUUAAGCCUGAUAUUUGCAUAGUUUCUUGCAUGCUUGUGAUUUUACGGCUCGGCCCGGACGGUGCGGAUUCUGCCUGACGAUCGUAAAUUUUGGCUUUUUUCGUCGGUUUUCAUAGUUAUUAGGUAGGAAAUAGCCUAUCCCUGUCAACUUCGACAUCAAUAUGACGAACCGAGAUGAAAAAAGCCGAAAGCAUACUGAAAACUUGAAAAAACACUAGCUGAAAUUCGAAAUUUUUCUUCCGGGGCGGGCCGGUGGACAUAUUCCUAUGGCCUGGUCCGGCCCGUGACAACAAUGAAUAAUUUUUCUAGAAAUCAAUCUGGGACGCCACACGCGGACGACUCCAGUUCGACUACCGCACUAUCAACGAACUGAUUGAGAACAGUACUGGGGAGACAAAAGCUGUUCUGAUUGGGCAAUCCGGCAUCAUGAAAACUGUACAAUACACUGUGUGUUGUUAAAUGUUUUUUGGCUUUCAGCUUGAGGUUCUGUCCGAAAAAGUGCCGAACAGCCAGACGAAAAAAUUCAGAUCGUCGCCAACAAAUGGCUGACCGAGGUAAGAAUAUACGACGAAUACACCAAAACGGUAUUUCUUUCAGAUGAUUCCGGACAACUUACGCCACAACUUCUCUGUCAGCACGAAACCACAAAAACCACAAGUUUCCCUUCCGAGUCGAUUCAUUAACUCUCCAAUCGGUAUAAAUUAUAUCUGAGAUAGUAUACUAUGCAAUGUUUUUGCAGCCGUACUCAGUGGAGCGAUCGAAAUUCACGGAUGCGACAGAGAAAAGGUGGCGAUCACUGUGGCGCUGCUCUUCCAGCAUCACUUGGAUUACUGCUUGUGAGUCGAUGCGAAAAACAACGUUCCAAUCUACUUUUCCAGCAGUCACGCCCGUCAUCGCAUGCAGAAGCAGAAAAAGGACGAGAAUGCGAGUGCUUAG